UUCAGACAAGUCAAGAAAUCGAACUCGAAGAAGACACGCUUUGUGGGCGUUGUUUGUUUACUAAAUCCCAAUAUCCCGUCUUUUUACUUUCCCUUCCCUUCACUCCAAACAAAAUUAUCGACAGAAAUAGAAAGAAAGAGAAAAUAAACAGGAAAUUAUCUGCGUUUCUGUUUUGCACAAUCAUUAAUGAAUGCCAGUGCAAGCGGGAGCGGGAGCUCGAGCUCGAGUUUGAAUAGUAGCUCACAUGAUACAGAGGAUGAUCACACCAUUGCUGAGAUAUUGGCUGAGGAGGAGAAAUUAAGUCAUGAUAAUGGCAAGCUUGGCAAACGGCUCUCUCAUUUGGGCUCGAUACCGCACACUCCUCGGGUCAUUGGAGAUAUACCCGAUCCAAAUGAUGCGACCUUAGACCAUGAGAGGCUAGCUCAGAGGCUGGCGACCUAUAGCUUAGCCGAAAUGCAAAUCGAGGGAGAUGGGAAUUGCCAGUUUCGAGCUCUCGCAGAUCAAUUAUAUCAGAAUCCAGACUACCACAAGUUUGUAAGAAAGCAGGUUAUCAAGCAGCUUAAAAGGCACAGAAGACUAUACGAAAGUUAUGUUCCGAUGAGGUACAAACACUACGUGAAGAAGAUGAAAAGGCUAGGCGAAUGGGGAGAUCACGUUACUCUCCAAGCAGCUGCAGAUCGAUUUGAAGCCAAAAUAUGUUUGAUCACCUCCUUUCGCGACACCGGCUAUAUUGAAAUUCUCCCCAAGGAUAGAAAUCCGAGCAGAGAGUUGUGGCUAAGCUUUUGGAGUGAAGUUCACUACAAUUCACUAUAUCAAGCCGGAGGUAACAAACUUCAUUAUACCGUCAUGUCUUUCUUUCUAGCUCUAGAUAGUCUGACCUAGGAGGCGGUGGUGGGAUUCGAACUCGUGACCAUUUAGUCAUAAGAUCGUCCGUUCCACCAACCAGGCCACCUAAAGGUCGUUUUGCAACUAGCAUCUAACACGAGUACUUUAUAUAUGUUGCCCGAAUUUCGACAGAGGUUCCUACACGAACGCAGAGGAAAAAGCAUUGGCUCUUCUAAAGCUCGUCGACUCGUAAAUACACCUAUUUCCCAACACAUUUAUACAUAUCCUUAUACCUUGUUGUAACUAGAUGCCACACCAAAUUAUUUCUUCUUUUUUAUUUCACUGUAUUUUUUAUUGUCACUCAAAUUUGCCUAUGAGUUAUGAUUAGUUAUGUUUUCACUUGGAA